ACUCCGAUGUUUCUAUCCGCGACUCGGCGGGUGAUGCACAUGCACAUGGCACCAGCGGCAUGGCUACCCAGGUCUGAGCAUGAGAGCUGAUCAAACACAUGUAUACAUACAUACAUACAUACAUACAUACAUACAUCGCAUAAAAGUAUAUCCAUCCCAUCGCCAUGGCCCUGAAUGCCGCCCUACUCCACCGGCUCCGGCCGAUGGAACCACCAGCCAAGCAUCGACAGACAGACAGACAGACAGGAGAAUGCCGAGAUCGGAACCCGUUCGCGCGCGUCCGCCCCAACCAACAAACAGAAGAUCAACGAAUGCGAGAUCUGAUAAGCGCGUCGGCGACUCGGACAAGCUAUUAGUGAUGGGAUUGAUCUUAUCGAUCAGAUAUACAAAGUAUGAAUCAAGAGUUGUUCAUGUGAUUGGGAAGGGUUAUCAGAUGUGGGAAUGGGAAAAGGGAAAAGGGACCCAGAAAAGGACCGAAUUGCCGUUUUCUGGAUAUGCCGUCCCGAGGAGAAUUGAGUGGGCUGACAUAAGCCACUUUUGAUUGAUUGAUUGUUAUCAGAUGAUGAGGAGGAUGAAUCUUUGUUGCAUUCAAACAAUCCACACGUCUUCUGCAUUACAUUGCAUUGCACACAUCUCGAUAGAUUCAAUCAUCGUGUCUACGUGGAAUCAAUCCGUCAUUGAUCCAUCGUUGUUUCUCCUGUCUGCUUCUCUCCUCCAUCUACUUACCUACUUUAUUCCGAACCUUUUGUCAUCGUCAUCAUCAUCAUCAUCGGCAAAGCACAGCAUAAUCGAUGCUUCUGGCUUGCUAAUCCCGUCCUCCCCUCCCGCCGCCAUCUCGAAUACGGUCCCGUCUUUUCUGCCCUCUUUUUUUUUCUUCCUUCUUCUUCUUUUUUUCUUUCCCUCCGCUCCAUCGCUAGUUACUUAGAUAUUCCCGACUCCCUUCGCACCCCACCUGCCAACCAAUUCUUAACCCAACCACCCCUCUGCACCUCCUCAUCACCUCAAUUGAACACCGUCCACCCUGUCUCCCUUGCCCAUCUCUAGCCUGCUCCCUGUCGGGCGGCGCUUGAUCCCCCGUGCUCGUUGUUUGCCCCCUGCGACCGACAAAGUCGCCUUUGUCGCCCACCGCCUCUUCCUUCAAUCCCCACCACCACCACCUCUCCUCCAUCGCCGCUCGCGCUUCAUGGCUUCCUCGCCCGCCAUGUCUCCUAGAAUCCCCACCACCGCCACCUCCCACCCGAAUGAUCCAAUCCCAAAAGAGCCUGCCGCCAUCCCCCAGCUCAACCUCCAGCCACCGCCCUUCGAUGCCACCACCACGUCGUCAUCAUCGCAGCCUGAACAUCCAUCUCCACAGUCCACAGCCGAAUCCACCGCAUGGCCCACCACCCACAGCAACAGCACCAGCACGAGUACCAGCGAUGACUCGGAAGCCCCAUUGACCCCAAACACCGAGCCAGAGCGCCAGAUGGACGAGAUUGUGGACAAGCUGCAGGAACUCCCCACCGCCUCGGUCAACUUUGCAGAGCCGCAGCAGCCUCGCCGACGCCGCGCUUCCACCACCCUCAUCUCGGACAACCCCAACGAUAUCCGCCGCAUCCUGGGCGAUGGCGAGUCGGCUACACAGCUCAUCAGCCAAUGCUGCGGUGGCGGAUGCUGUCUGCUCAAGACAUUGGCCCCGGACACUUCAUCGCCCAGCUUCGUGCCCGUCGUCAUUCCUGAUAAUCGCGCUUUUGCGAGCUUGAACCUGCGUCUAGGUCCCUUGAGCCUCGACAGCGAGCUCACCGACACCACCCCAUUGCCCCCCGUCAAUCUCUCCUUCGACCCUGUUCCUGUCUCCGAGCCGAAGCACGUUUCCACCGUCCAGAAAGAUCCCCCAAAAUUUGUUCAGCCGCACCCGCCCUACGACGUGUACUCGGCACCUCUCUACCACGCUCGUGAACUGACCAAACCCGGCGCCGAGAAGCGGACUUUUCACUUCGAUCUCGAUGUCACCGACUAUCCCGAUGAAGGCGGCGUCGAUUUCAAAGUGGGCGGCGCCAUUGGCAUCUGCCCUCCCAACUCGCAGGAGAUUGUCAACGAGCUCUUUGACAUUCUGGGCGUGCCCAAAUUUGUUCGCGAUAAGCCCGUUACUCUCAAGACAAGCACCGGCCGCUGGCCCACCAUCUGGGGAGACGACAAGCCCCGCGAGCUGAUCACGACGCGUCGAGAGCUGCUUACCUGGUGUGUGGACGUGCAGUCGUUCCCGCCCACCAAGAACCUCCUCCGGGUCAUGGCUGAGCACGCCGACGCGCCCAACGAGAAGAAGAUUCUCACCUAUCUCUGCUCCGCCCAAGGACAGGCCGCGUUCUGCGACCUCCGCACUUCCUCCCACUUGACUGUAGCCCAGCUGCUCAGCGCGUUCCCAUCCGCGAGGCCUCCCCUCCCGGCCCUGCUCUCCGUUCUGCAGCAACUCAUGCCCCGCUUCUACUCGCUCUCCAACGACCCUCACAUUUCUUCGGCGCGCCCCGGCCUUCCUGGUGAUCGUCGCCUCAUCGAGUUGGCCGUCACUGUGCACGAGACUCCCGACUGGCACACGGAGGGAAACACUCGCAGAGGAGUUGGCAGCGGAUUCAUGGAACGCUUGGCAUACCAGUUCAUUGACGCCGAGAAGCAAGGCAUUGAUCCGGCGGCCGUGCUCGACCUCCGCGUGCCCAUGUUCCGCGGUCUCAUGGCCAACCCGCUUUCCCGCCAGUUUGGUGGAGACGGUCCAAUGGUGCUAAUUGGUGCCGGCGUGGGCAUGGCCCCGUUCCGUGGCUUCAUCCUCAAUCGAUUGAAGAACGCCAACUGCGCCAACAAGAUCUGGCUCAUCCAGGGCGUGCGCGACUCCAUGGUUGACGAGCUCUACUCGGGCGAACUUGGCGACCACGAGCGUGAGAUCAAGAAAGUGGUGCAGAGCCGCAAAGGCCGCAUUGCCGGCCAGACGGAGGCCAAGUACGUCCAGGACGAGGUCCGUCUUCAAGCCGAUAUCGUCUGGUUCGUGAGCAACGCGCUCGAUGGCCGCAUCUUCGUGUGCGGCAGCAGCAAGGGCAUGGGCGAGGGUGUUGAGGAGGCUCUGAUUGAUGUUGCCAUGCAGAAGGGCGGCAUCGACAAGGAAGAAGCCAAAGAAUUCUGGGCCACCAAGAAGCAGGAUGGCCAGUACAUUGCAGAAACUUGGUAG